GUUUCUAUCGUUGAGGUAAAAUUGCAUAAAAAAAAAACUGGGGAAGAAAAUAGACAAGAAUGUUCUUAGUAAGAGACAAAACAAAGAUGUGUGUUUUGUCAAACAUUUAACAGCAAAAGCUUUGACCUUUUCCUUUCGUCUCUCUUGAUCUGAGUUUUAUCCUUUCAUUUCUUUAUUUCAUUCUCUUCUUCUUCAAUGGGUAUUUGUUGUUCAUACGAAAACAGGUCAACGAAGCUUAAUGUCUGCCGAUUCCAUUCUUGUUUCUUGAGCUUUAAUUCAAGAUUCAUCAUUUUUGAUUCCCAAAUCUUUGUUUUUUGACUUGCUUACAUCAAAAAGAUUCAUCCUUUUUUUAUGAUCUGAGCUCAAUCCAAUCCAAGAGAUACCAACUUCAAACAACUCUUGUCCUCGGAUCUGUUUUUCAGAGUUCAAACCAAACCCACAUCAAAAGUUUCAACAUUUGAGCUCAAACCAGAGCCAAAUCUUGAAUCUUUCCCUAGAACCAGUUAUGGUAGUAGAAGAAGAGCAAAACCUUGAAAACGGUGGAUCCGUACAUGUGGUCAAAGGAGAAAGUAAUUUCCGUAAUGUGGUGUGUGGUCCUGUGCGGUGGCUAAAGAUGUUGUCUUCAGAGCUUCAUUGGAGCUUUGUGUUUGGUGUGGUCUCACUGUACGGUAUAAACCAAGGGCUUGGUGGCUCAUUAGGUCGUGUAGCUACAGAGUAUUAUAUGAAAGAUGUUCAAAAAGUUCAGCCUUCUGAAUCUCAAGCUCUCACUGCAAUCACUAAGAUUCCAUGGAUCAUUAAGCCUCUUUGGGGCAUUCUCACUGAUGUUCUUCCUAUCUUUGGUUUCCAUAGACGUCCUUACUUCAUUUUAGCAGGGGUGCUUGGAGUGGUUUCAUUGUUGUUUAUUUCACUGCAUAGUAAUCUACACCUUUACUUGGCACUGUUGUGGAUGACAAUAUCAAGUGCUGCAAUGGCGAUUGCCGAUGUAACUAUUGAUGCUUGCACUGCUUACAAUAGUAUCAAACACCCUUCUCUUGCAUCGGAUAUGCAGAGCUUAUGUAGCUUAAGCUCUUCCAUUGGAGCACUUCUUGGUUUCUUUAUGAGUGGCAUCUUAGUUCAUAUUGUUGGCUCUAAGGGAGUCUUUGGCUUGCUGACGUUCCCAUUCGCAUUAGUAUCAGUAGUCGGGAUUGUGUUUAGUGAGCCUCAUGUUCCUGGUUUUUCUUACAAACAGGUAAACCAGAAAUUUACCGAUGCAGGGAAAGCGAUGUGGAGGACCAUGAAAUGCUCAGAUGUGUGGCGGCCGAGUUUGUAUAUGUACAUUUCCCUUACUCUUGGUUUGAACAUUCAUGAAGGUCUCUUCUAUUGGUUCACAGAUUCGAAGGAUGGUCCUUUGUUUGCUCAGGAAACGGUUGGUUUCAUUCUCUCAAUUGGUUCAAUCGGAUCGAUUCUAGGAGCAACGCUGUACCAACUAGUCCUUAAGGAUCAUCCGUUCCGUGGCCUUUGUUUGUGGACUCAACUUCUCUUUGCUUUAUCCGGAAUGCUUGACCUCAUUCUUGUGCUACGUCUCAACUUAAAAUUUGGUUUACCGGAUUAUCUCUUCAUAGUAGUGGACGAGAUAGUUUCUCAAAUGAUUGGACGCCUGAAAUGGAUGCCGCUGCUUGUCCUCACUUCAAAGCUUUGUCCUCACGGAAUCGAAGGGACGUUCUUUGCAUUGCUUAUGUCAAUUGACAAUGCAGGCCUCAUGACCUCGUCUUGGCUCGGAGGAAUAUUGUUGCACGUCCUCAAGGUUACUCGGACUGAGUUUCAUAACCUCUGGCUCGCGGUUUUGGUCAGGAAUGUCAUGAGACUUUUGCCGCUCUGUUUUCUGUUUCUUGUGCCUAAAGGAGAUCAGAACACUUUCAAGCUCCCGGAUGAGAUAAUGGGCGAAGAAUCAGAAGAUUCGGAAAACGAAAAAGAAGGAACUCGGAAUUUGGAAUUGGCAUCUCUUGUUCAGGCUGUUGAUAGAAGAUAGCAACAGUAUUCUCUUAUAAUGUUUGAAGCAAAUGCUUCAGUUUUUUCCAGCAGUUUAUACGAACUUCACUUGUACUGCUGCAAAGAGCAAUUUUACUGAAUACAUAAGUUUGUGUUUUUUUUUUGGUAUAGAAGAAACAUCUCUUGUGAUAUCGAGACCCUAUUUACUUC